AUGAAAACUUGCUCAUUUCGAGAAGCUGAACCUCAAUCUAACAUGGAAGGUCUAUUCUGUGGAAGUGAUGAACCUCAAGCAAGAUAUGCAUUGGUUCCAUGUGCUGAUCUCUUUUGGUCAUGUUGUCUUCCGUUACAUACUUACAAGAAAAGUCAAUCAUGGCCUAUCGUUGAUUUUACUUCAAGUUCAAUGCAUCGAUUUCUCAACGGUUAUACUACCUAUCUCAAUUGUUCAGCAACAUGUACUACAUCAAAUAUAGUCUAUGCUAUGACAUGUCCAUGUGGUCAUUAUGAUUAUAUUGAUUCAACAGCAAAAACAUUGGCUGAUGCUAUGGUUUUACCAGAUGAUUGUUCGAUUAUAUUACGAUACAUUAUCGAAAUAUUGUUUAUUAUUCAUGGUGAAACUAAAUUGAAUAUGAUUUACCCGCUUGGCGGUGAUGUUGAAAAACGCUAUGGUCGUCCCUAUGAUCUUGUUUGGUGUGCUAAUUUGAAUCAUUCAUUGACAUGA